CAGGAAACGUGAUUACUUCUCUCUUUUUUCUACCUGACGUGCGUGACCGCUCAGCCACAGGUUCGCACGCUGGUGAAACCUACUUAGUAAGUAAGAUAUUUUUUAGUGCCUUCAGUACUUCACCUUUCAGAAACUGAAAUAAAAGUGAAAGCAAAAUAAAGCCCAGUUGUAUAGAAAAAUAAAACUCAAGAAGAUGGAUAGGGACGUUCAUUCCGGCAGUUGCGCGAUGGAUAUUGAUUCUGUCGGUGACGAUGCAGGUGCUCCUCCCAAUAGGCGACCGGAGGAACAGGAGACGAAUAAGCGUCGCAAAAUUGAUGACUCUGGCUCAGCCGCCGGCGGAGCGAGUAGCGCUAGCUCUGAGCUCCCAGCCACUGUCGAUGGUGUGCGUGCUGGUGUGACAAAGCUGCGACAAGUCUGCGUGUCGCGGCUCGGUCUGGAUGAUGCGACCAAGAAGAAGAUCGACGGCCUCAUCGAGGAUUUUGCGGAGUUUUCCGAGUUGGACGCCACAGAUUUGGCCUCGCUGGUAAAAAACUUUCAAGAUUGGGCUGCGUCGCACCGACCGGGGGCUCGCGAAGAGUUCGUCCGCUUUGGGAAACUUUGCGCUCGCGUCGCAAGUGCCACCGGCAACGAAUGCUUCACCGAGCUCUACCAGGCGGCGUGUGUGGAGGAGAGUUUGCUGGACCAGUGGGGAAAGACCACCACCGCCCGGACCUGCCGGAAGUGGCGUGAGAGGUUCGAGGCACUCUGCGCCGGAGAUCCGCACGGAGCACAGUGUGUGCUGCGGGAGAUUAGAAGAAGCAUACUCAGCAGCGCCUCACCUGGAUCCGAGCUGCAGCAGGUUGGCCGCACGAGUGACGAGACGCUGCUCAGUUCCAUCCUAGAAAAACAAAAAGGAAUAAGCGCGACACUGUCUGAGGACCACGUCAAUGUGAUAGUCGAAGUUGAGAAGAAGCUGACGUACGCAAGCUUUUUUGCCGCUGCACCGUCUGGGCCGGACGAUUUUCGGCGCCACCAGGCAAUAUUGAAGAUUCUGCGAGAGUUGGAAAUUGGUAUAGAGGCCCGGGAAGCGGAAAAGGUGAAUGAGGACUUGAUUCCCGAGUUGAAAAAGCUUCAUCCAGGGUUAGCCCGGAAAUGGGUCAGUGACGCAGCAAAGAAGCAUGCGUGGGUCCAAGCGGGCGAGGAUUUUCACGACAGAGUUGUCAGGCAGCAGAAAUUGUGUGCAUUGCAAAAGCGAUUCUUUUGUUUCGCGGAAGUAACACUUUCCGAUUACAAUCGCGUCACGCACCGUUACUCUGCGGAGCAGAUGCGGCAGGUAUUGAUUCAUGUAUAUAAAUAAGUCUAAGUACUGAGCAGGUCAGGCUAUUCCUGCCGCUCGUCGGAGGAGGGAGUAGUGCCGAGCCCAGAUCGAAAUCAUCAUCGUCAUAGCUGAGAACCCUAUGUGGGUGGAAGAAAAAGUGACAUGCCGAUUCGCAUUCCUACUGACUUGAUAUCAAAAUGAAUAUAGGUAAAUCUAAAUUUGUUAUGUAUGUCGGAGGUGGAAAAUGAAAAUGUGCAUUUAGAAAUGCUUUGCUUCGGUCUGUGCCCAAGGAAAGUUUCUCACUGCUUCAGCGUUUUUUUCGAAACAUUCAACAGUGCAUCCGCGCCUGGUUAGCGUCGCCGCAGGCUUCAUUCAAGACGGAGGUGCUACCUAUAAUUCUCAACAUUUUGAAGCGCGGAGAAGCUUGGGACGAGUUUUUGGCCGUCGGCAUCGACGAAGUCAAGACUUUGCAGGACGAGGAAGGGCGCGUCGGACUGUCGGCGUUGUGGACGGCGAAAUCGUUAUUCUGCAUUGUUUGCGAAAAUGCGGAGCCCGGUGUUCGUUUUCGAUUGCUAAGGGAUUUUCGCGAUUCUCUUCCUCUUCUGCAUCCGUCAUACCAUAAGAGUUUUUCCGGAUCAGAUGAUGGCACCAGGAGUGGUACCAGUUUGCUGACUUUUAAUGCCGACAUAAGCGCACUGAUUCCGAAAGGUGAGUGCAGGGGCGCCGUCAUCUCAUUUGGCAUCGGAGAAAACUCGCCCCCGCUUGGUAAAAGCGGCAUUCUCAACACGCUCUUCCGAUGCAACUUCGAGGAGUCAUCCAGAAACUUUGCGACGUAUGGAACCUGCGACGUUGACCUCGGUUUCUCUUUCAAACCGCGGAGAGAUUUGGUCUUCGGGGACGUUACUGGGAGUUUGUCUUUCGAAGAUGGGGACGCUGAGCAGGCCGCGGCGCUGCUGUCGUUCUUCCCGUCGUGGCUGGUUCACGUGCAGGCUGGGGAAGUUGACAAGGUGGAAGCUUUGCUGCAGUCUUUGAAGAGCGGAAAACUUUUUAAGUGUCCGCAGUCAGUGCUGGUUCUUAUCCGUGACACAGAUUCUUUCCAGGAGGCUCCUUUGCUGCGGGUCCGUGCCAACGGCGACGAAGGCAAUGUCACCGACAAUGCGUUCUUGGAAAAGCUGGUGCGCGUUGAAACGGUAUUGAAGGAGGUGCACGGAGUGAAGCACGCCUACUGCGCAGGCAUUCGCAAUCUUACAAAACUUGCUCCCCGCGAGCGGGAAAAUGUUUUGAAAUUCGAACUGCAGCCGUUGCUGCUCUGUGAUGUCAUGCAGUCCACCGACAACGAACGCGGAACGGGAGAGCCAUACGGCAUCGGUGACCCACAGGUUUUCCACGAUCGCGUGCAGAAGAUCGCGCCCAAGCACCCCUAUUUCCGCGCUGACCUUGUCCUUGUGGCCAAGGUGAUGAAGACGCUCGAGUCCUUUCGCGAUGAUUUCUACAACCCAAAAGCGCUCGCCACGCGUGAGCUGUUAGCUCAGCUUCGGCGCUGUCGGCAAAAACUGGAAAAUCCGAGCGCCACCUCGGACGCGAUUGAAAAGGCGCGAGCAGAAGAAAAGCGGUUCCUUGACACCCUCGCUCAAACGAAGAUGACGCAGCUGUUGGAGCAUUUCCAGAGAGUACUGCAGUCUCCGAGCCGGGUUCUCCUCAUGUCGGUUCUAGCUGAAAGAAUUAAGCGCUUCUCCGACGAUAACGUUGCGGAAAAAAUCGAGGCGCGGAGGCGUACUAAUGACGAGCGCACCGCAUUGUACGCGGCGGGAGCGCAACCCGGUGACGCAGGGGAGCGGAAGUACGCGGCGCAGAUGGACAAGCUUACCAGUAAACUCACAACUGUCACGAAUGACAUCGAGCGUCGACGGAUUUCAGUGGAGCUGUUGUGGCGGGAGCUUUUGGUUUUUCAUGAGCAUGGCAUUACCAGGAGUAAGUCUUUGCCAAAGAAUCCGGUGUCCGAGCUUUGCAACUUUUUGCGGGUAGGAGAACCUUUCGAACUCAUUGACGGCGACACACUGCAGAUUCCGCACCGAACCUUGCAAGAGGCCUUCAAGCGGGUGGCGAGCAUCGGGGCAGGCGAUGCGGUGGUUCCCAUGAAUUCGCGGGAGUCGUUGCAAAGUGCAAAGCUCGCGGGUAAGAGAGUCAUGGUGAUUUCCAUUCUCGGGCCGCAAUCUUCAGGGAAGAGCACGCUGCUCAACUACCUGUUUGGCUGCAAAUUUAACACCGCGAAGGGUCGGUGCACGAAAGGCGUCUACGGGAGUUUGAUCGAGAUUACUCACGAGCACUACGACUACCUCCUCAUCUUAGAUACCGAGGGGCUGCAAAGCCCAGAGAAGCUUGACCACGAGUUCGAUCGGAAAAUCACGCUGUUUUGUUUGGCGGUGAGCCAUUUUGUGAUCAUCAACGUCGCGAAGGACAUGAAUGCGCACAUGCGGGACUUGCUGGAGAUCUGUUUGUUUUCGUUGGACCAACUGCAGAAGGCACGCAUGGCCAUGCCGACGAACUUCAUGGUCUUCAACCAGCACUCAGGUGACACCGCCGACAAGUCCGUAUUUAUGGACCAAGUGAAAGGUAUUUCCGAAGCUAUCAUUGCGGCCAAGCCAGAGGCGGUCGACGCAGCGCGCGCGAUGCAGUUUCCCAGCGAGCGGAUUAAGGUGCUCCCGCUGGCCACAAAUUCUUUCACGGUGCCGAAAGACCCGGCGCGCGGCGUGCACAGUGACUGGAACCAGGAGCGCCCGGCGACCAAGUUUGCAGUGGAGGUUGCGCAGUUUGGUAAGGAGAUUAUGGACCUAGCUUUCAAAAGCACGGAGCGAAGAGUUGCCACACCAAACAGCGUCGCGCCUGCCGGCAGAAAGGUUUUGCACCAGGAAGACCUUGAAAGUUGGAUCCGGAUGGCCACCGACAACUGGACCACCAUCACGGCUUUUCCAGACCUUUACCGCUUUGCGAAUGUAAAGCUAUUGAAGGACCACAAAAGGCUCACCAACAUCGCUCAGGACAAGGAGCAGCACUUCCUGACCUCGUCGGCCGCCCAGCUGCGGCACGUGAAGGAGAAGAGGGAUGCGCUCGCAGAGUUGGUGGGUAACGAGUCGCAGUUGUUGAAUCGCGACUAUUUCCAGAACGUCUCUCUGAAGGUGGAAAAUCGAAUUCGGGGCACAUAUUUUGAGCACGUUUUGGAGAAAAUCAAGCGCGACUUCGACGUGGUGUGCCGCGGAGAGCAGUUUGACAAGGACCUGAUCGAGCAGUUUCUGAAGCACAUCCGGAUACUUGUGAAAAAUCAAGCCGAUUCGAUCGUCGGCGCUGCGCACUCCGAACUCAAGCAGAAACAGAUGAACCAGAGCAAGCUGCGCGGAAAUGACAAGCUCAAUGACCUAGAGCGAGACUUGACGAAAUCGGCUCUAACGCAGAAAUCCAAGGCGCAACGGACGAAGUUUGUCAACGAUAAGUUUGAAGAGGUGUGGAAGAGUGUGAUAGAUGAGCUUGAGGGGGAUUUGUCACGCGGUGGCGACGUGUCUUCCGCGCAGUGGGAAACGCUAAAAUCAAAUUACUCGACAUUGCAGACUUUGCCGAAGUCUCUCGGGGGACAAAAAGAAACAGAGUGGGAGCUUCAAGCAAAGUUGCACAGUGCCGAUAAAGCUGCUGCGGGGAAAAGAAGACCGGCCAAGUCCGAGUCUGCAAUCGGACCGCAGUUGAUUGAGCGUCUGCAGCAGAAAGAUUUCCAUUUCCUCACCCGUGCACAGGGAAGUGCUCUGGAUGCCGCUGCGAAGAGAGGUUUGCAAGGGAUAAACGAGCUCUUAAGCCGGUCCAGCGAAGGAGGCACGCUGUACACCAUCAACGUCUUUGAUCACUUUGACGUUUUUCUGGAAACACGCACAUGCGUCCUGGAUAUCGAGAAGCAUAUCAACUACUUCGAAUUGCGAAAUCAACUCGAGCAUCUCGGCCGCCUCACGGGUAUGUUUAACAGUCAGGAAACCGAACGUCUUGCUCAGUUCACUGUUAUUCGCAACCAAUUUUCUUCCCUUGGGCUGUGGAUGCAGUCUGAAUUCAUCACGAGCAUUGAAAACGUUUUGCGGGAAUCAGGUUGGAAGGACUAUGUUGGUCUCGAAGGUGAACGGGUCGCAAAAAUUGCGGAGAUACUGUCCUCCUACUCGUGCUUCAGUGUGACUGCGCCGGCAAGUUCUACUUCGACUCCGCAAAAGAGCAAGCAGACGGGGAGUCGUAAGACUUUAAGCCGCGUUCCCUUUAUUUACCACGCCCGUGCAGACUCCCCGAUCAAGCUGACCGUUCCGGCAUGCAUGGCGGAAAAUUACCGACACAAUACCUUUGUGCCGCCCAUUUCGGAGAUCGAAAGAAAAACCCAGCAUCUGCUCGCAGUCUCCAAUCGGGGCCCAAAAAGAAGUCGCGCCUUCAAAAACCCCGAUUACAUAACGGAGGACCAGCUAGACGGAAGCCAAUGCUACUGCUUUCUUGCCAAGCAGGACGACGAGCACAGGCAUGUGCUAGACGAGUUGCAGAAAGCGGAUUGCCCCGUGCCCGCUGAGGAGAUGCACCGUUUUUUCAAAGCCAACCAGAAGUGCUGGAAACGGUCGCUAACCACUCUAGAACAGCGACUGGAUGAAGUUCUUCGUUGUGUCGACAGCACCAGCAGCGGUUGCAGCAAGCUGGUGAAACGUGUGCACGAAGUGGUGUCGACUUUUCUCAAAAACGACCUUGGGGGGAACUUCGCGCUCUUCGGAGUGGAACUGGACAUGGAUGGAAAGACGAUUUUCCACAGUUUCGCGCUCCUGCAUGUCCAUCGCGUGCUGUCCGGCAAAGUCGUCGAGCGCAGUCGAGCGCCACUGCUCGAGUUUAUUGACACGAAGGACAAGUGGCGAGCGCAUUUGCUGGAGGUGGUGGGAGCGGAUCCGGCAGGAAAAACAGUUGCUGCCGCGAAGCGGUUCGUUCAAGAGCUGAGUGCUCACCUGCGUCAAGCGGAGAGCGAGCGUGCAGCUGAGCUGGCAAGUCCAGAAAUGACCGAACUACUUGGAGAAAGCUUUACAGGCGCGGCAAUUCAGGAACGACUCGACCAGACGUUGCUGUUCAACCCGAAAGCCGAUCACGAUGAAGUGGUACGGUCGUUUCUUGUGUUGCAGGCCUUUAGGAAAACGCUGCAGUUGUAGGUGCGAAAGUGUAUGGUUCAUCCGUUCUCGAAUGAAGGAAAUCCACAGUUAUCCAUUCGAAAAAUUUCAAAUUCAGGUUCGGUACGUGAUCGACCAGCCAAAUGUGAUUGAGGAAGAAUUCGAAAAGAAGUGGGAGCAGGAAAAAGCACGUUUGCAGAAAAGGCUCGUUGCUGAUUGUGUAACCAAUGUAAAGCGGGCACUGUCGCGAGUUGUCGAUCACGUAGCCGGAGUGCUACAGUUUAUCAAUCAGCGAGAAGAAUCGGGAACGGGGUCAUCAAGGGAUUGCGUGGUUGAUCAUUCAAGUGAUACCAGUGGCACUGCGUAUUACGAACGCGACAACCAGCAAGUAGCCGCUGCACAGGCACAGUUUUUCCUAGCGACGUGCAAAGGAGGCACAAGUGGCAUCGCGGGGACACACUGGGGGCACAAAAACGAGGACGGCAAAAAGUUCGAAGUGGCGUUUCUUUCUUCGGUCGAUCCGCAAUCGAACGGCAGGAGCGGAAAGAUGUCAGUUUCCGAGAUCAAGUCCAACGUAAUUACGACGUGGGGCUCCAUUUCCGAUGUGCUGCCGUCGGGUUUCACGAUAUCCGACAUCCCAAAGUUUGAGCUCUUUUUGCUUGAGGUGAAAAAGAUCGUGCACACAGAGUUGGCAAGUGUCGAUAUUCAGAAUGUGGAUAUCGUUUGGGGAUUGGACGAUCUAUUUGAUCGCACAAAGCGCAAGGCAAUCGGGUGUUGCGAGCAGUGUCCCACAUGUGGAAGGAAGUGUGACCAGCCGGUAAGUGACCACUUUGUUGCAGGUUUUCGUGUGAGGAAACCUAAAUUUUAAUUUUGAACAUUACGCUGCCCUUGGGUACGAGCGAGCGGCUUUUCGCCGAGUACCGCCCAAUUAGAAAGUAAAUUUCUGUUUGUUAAUUUUCUAUUUCAGGUUGAUGGCCCCGUGGAGCACAAGCAUGCGUGUCGUUUGGGGCAUCAGUUGCGCUGUAUGGCGGGUGUUACGGUGAAGAAGAACCCGAGCUUUCUGACGUGCGACGAAAUCCCCGGCGACAGCCAAGUGCAGGACCUCAAAACAGGAGCUUGGCGCACUUGGGAGGAGCAGCAGAAGAAAUACCCCACCUGGGAGUUUAAGUACAGCGAAAACGCUGCCGACGAGCUCCGCAACGUUCGCAAAAUGCGCGAGUGCUGGAAGAUUCACGGAAAGCACAUCUGUGCGGCCUUUGCGGAUUCGGGCAUGAAGUACAGCGAUGUGAAGCCCCGAGAUUUGCACAUAGUUUUUGUGGUGGAGGACGAGCCGAAAAGCUUGCAGCGUCUUUACGAGGAACUCGGUUCUGGCAGCAUUCAGGAGCAGUACUGCAGUGUGGUCGUCAGCACUGCGCAUUCCCAAAAGUUGAUCGUUACAGAGAGGCGGGUCGCCACUGUACUUGACCGAAAAGCCCAACGCGUGAAGCGAAACCCGGCGGACGAGCAAGAAGCGUUGACCGUUUCGGAGCUCGUGCAACGAUCUGAGCAGUACUACUUAACUAAGUGAUUCUAUCGAUCCCGCUUAAUAAUGAUAAGAUAAUGAUUUGGAAUGUACAGCGACUGCGACAGCGUAGUUAUGUCAUGAAUAUUGUUCACGUUCAGCAAUUCAAGUAAGUACUUACGAUGGGUACGUUUACCUUUUCGUGAUAGGAGUGGCAAUCUUUUUUGGUUUGGUACGUUGUUUCGCCGCUGCUUUUCCACCGCGAAAAAACCCGAAAAAAAAACCAGCUCCUACUACCGUCAGAAGCUGUGGCUUCUUGGCAUCGCAUCGUGGCCGCAAGAGGCUCUGGAAGACUUGUUGCGGAAGGAAAAGACCAAAGUCAUCAAUUUCAAUGAGGGUCAAGUCUACUCCCGUUUUAACGACGCAUACGGAAAGUUUGCUAACCCUUACGGAAUCCGGCGGGCGCAGGUGAUCGACGGAAUCACGGAAAACCCAGCGGAAUACAUGGCGAAGUCGCUUUGCGAUUUCGACGAGCGAACCUUGGCGCAUCUUCCAGAAGAAAUCGGCGCAGCGGGAGGAUUAGAGGGACUUCAAAAGCAGCUUACCGAGUUUGGCCCGGACGUCAUGAAAAGGAUAAAACGAAUCGAGAGGAUCAAUGAAAUCAAGGGCACGCUAGAUGAGAAGAAAGCUCGAAAAAUACUCGAAUUGGAUGCGAGCGAGGCGCUUACAAAGGCCAGCCUCAAAGCCGCGCUUAAGAAAGUCCAAGUGGACAUUCAUCCGGACCGCGUGCCUUCGAGGUUGCGACCUGCCGCGAAUAAAGCGUUUCAGACUGCGACGGCAGCGAAGGAUUACUUGGAUCCGAACUAA